CCGAGCGCGUGACGCGAGCGUUCCGAUGGUUGCCCGUAGGGGCCCGAAACGACAGCUUUGCUUGUGUUUUUCAACAGCCCCGCAAAGAUCUUGCAAAUUCUGACUCUUCACAGACCCCUGGCACAGUGGCACUAAAAGCAGACCCCUCUCUACGUUCAGAGGCAAGGCAGUCAUAGCGCCGCGCCCGAUUGGUCGGUCCCUGUCAUGUGAGACCACCCCCGCCCCGUCGCUGCGGUGCGGGCGGGGAAGAGAAAGAGUAGGGUGGGCGGAGCGCGCGGCGUCCGUCCGCCUUGUCACUGUCACGUGAUACUGGUCACGGACCCUCUCGCGCGCCGUCCGCGUUCGGGUUUUUUUUUUUUGUCUUUUCCCCCUCUCCACGUGACGAGGGAGCGCGAGAAAGAGAAAAGGGGAGACUCGAACGCGGCGGCUUGACGGAAAGCGGGGGAAAUAAACGGCCGGUAAAAACAUGAAGAAGCACCUGUGGAAGGAUGUUUCCAGCAGUGAAUCGGAUUAAUUGGGACUCGGACAUGAGAAGCCCUGCGUCUGGCCUGGCGGACAUCCUGAACACAUGCGUUCAGGGUCCUUUGCGUCAUGCUAAGCCCCGGUAUGGGGAAUGCUCCAAGGCAAGGUGACAUAGCCCAGGCUGAUCUUUGGAGCCAAGGUUGCAUAGGAACCAAUUCUGUCAAAGCUGCCCUGUUUAGAAAAGUCUUUCUCUCUCUGCUGGGUUUUCUGUACUUUGUUAAGAUUGUAACAUUCAGGGGCAUACAGUAGCCCGUGAACAGCUACUAUGGGAUUCUUGACCUUUGACAAAGCCAGAGAUCCUUGUAUUUUGAAAAUAAAAGGAGGAAUCUAGCAGCUGUGUGUUGUUUGGCACACUUGAGAUCUGUCCGUAUGUUUAAUGGUGAGAUCCUCAGGGCUAUGUUUACAUUUGGCUGUCGGUACAGACUGAUGGCCAUGCCGUGAGGGUGACGACGACGUCGGUGUAGUCAUGACGGAACCCCACAGGGUCCAGCUCACUUCUCUGCCAGGCCCCUUGGGCACCCCGCUGUUGAAAAAACCUCGCCGAGAGGACCUCACAGGAACAGAGCCCCCCCAGGAGCCCGAGCCAACAGCUGCCGCGGUUCGCAUCUCCCUCACCCUUUUUGAGCCGGACCACAAGCGUUGCCCUGAAUUCUUCUACCCCGAACUGCUGAGGAAUACGCGCGGGAAAGGGAAAAGCGGUUCUACAGGAGAAAAGAAAAAAGACCUUGUGGAUCCUUUCAACGAUGAGGACAGAGAGCGGCACAGAGUGGAGGCCCUUGCCAGGAAGUUUGAAGAGAAAUACGGCGGGAAAAAACGCAGGAAAGACCGCAUUCAGGAUCUGAUUGACUUGGGAUAUGGCUACGAUGAAUCCGACUCCUUCAUUGAUAAUUCGGAAGCUUACGACGAGCAUGUUCCGGCUUCUCUAACCACCAAGUACGGAGGGUUUUACAUCAACUCUGGGACCCUGCAGUUUCGGCAGGCCUCGGAAUCGGAGGAUGACUACAUCAAAGAGAAAAAGAAGAAGUCGCCAAAGAAACGGAAGUUAAAAGACGGGGGCGAGAAGAUGAAGAAGAAGAAGAAAGAUGAUUCUUACGACAAGGAAAAGAAAUCUAAAAAAUCCAAGUUCUCCAAAACGGGUUUCACAGCCCUGAACGCGAGCAAAGAGAAGAAAAAGAAGAAGUACUCCGGGGCCCUGAGCGUCAGGGAGAUGUUGAGGAAAUUCCAAAAGGAAAAGGAAGCUCAGAAGAAGAAGGACGAGGAGCCGAAGGUGACGUCCCCCCCCUCUGGCCGGAGUUUUCCGGCUCCACGCCCGCAGGUGGAGAGCGUCCCUCGGACCCUCUCCUUGCCUCCUUUCUCUCUCUUCGGCAUGUACCCUUCAAGCUGCAGAGGCGACCUGCUCCAGGCAGCCAGCGCCAUGGACUCUCUGAUGGAUCUAGACCUGGAGCAGCUGCUCAACGACUCUCCAGAAGAGACCCCGUUCCAGGACGUGGAGGAUGGGGGCGACCUUCUCGGGGCAACCCUUGAACAGGAUGUGAAGCAGCCCCUUGCCCUCCCUGACGGGCUGCCGGCGCCACUGGAGAAGCAGGUCAAGGACCUGGCGCAGACUGCCAGGGCCACAGAAGGCGAAGGGAAGCACAAGUUCUUCAACCAGGACAUCAACAGCAUCUUGCUAGAUAUCGAGCUGCAAACCCGGGAGCUGAACAGCCAGAUCCGGUCGGGAGUCUACGCUUACCUGGCCUUCUUCCUUCCCUGCAGCAAAGACACUCUGGUCAAGCGGGCCCGCAGGCUGUACCUUUAUGAACAGGGCGGUCGGCUGAAGGAGCCUCUUCACAAGCUAAAGGAAGCCAUCGGCCAGGCGAUGCCAGAGCAGGUGGCCAAGUACCAGGAGGAAUGCCAAGCGCACACCCAGGCCAAAUUUGCCAAGAUGCUGGAAGAGGAAAAGGACAAGGAACUGCGAGAGCGGGUCUGCUCCGAUGACGAGGAAGACGACGACAAAGGAGGGAAGCGCAUCAUGGGGCCCCGGAAGAAGUUUCAGUGGAAUGAGGAGAUCAGGGAUUUGCUGUGCCUGGUAGUGAAGCUCAAACUGGAUGGGUACGAGCUGGAGAAGAAUAAGGCCCAGUCGAUGGAGGAUUAUGUGAAGACUUUCCUGGAUGCCGAAGUCAAGCCCCUUUGGCCCAAGGGCUGGAUGCAGGCACGGACACUGUUCAAGGAGAGCAGACGGGUCCACGGCCACCUCACGUCCAUCCCAACAAAGAAGAAAGUCAUGGCUCCUCCAAAGCUGAAGGGGAAGGAGUCGUCUGGCAAGCUGGAUAAGAAGGCGCCCCUUUCCGCACCCUUGCUCCACUCAAGCGGGACAGCGUCGCUUUCCCCUGAGCCUCAGGCGAUUGGCGUCACCCUCAGCCAUCAAACCAGGGAGCUCUUGGCGCUGAGCGCAACUCCCGCCCCAAGCAGCGCGGCGGCCCAGGCCACCUUCAGCGUGGACGACUCUCUGGAUGAGGACUUGAUCCGCAACGCAGCCUCCUCCUUGGAAGCCGUUUCGAAGGAACUGGCCAUGCUGAACAGCUGCUCCGGGAGCAGCCCUGACUUCACCCUCCCCACCACCCACAAGGCGGCCGCGGAGAAGCCCCCUGGCCAGGCCGUGCCAGAAGAGAAGAAGAAUUUUGCCAAGCUGGUCCCCUCGCUGGCCCAGCCGCCAGUCGGCUCUCUGCAGUCGCCCCUCAAUUUCCUGGCCGACCAGGCCUUGGCGCUGGGCCAGACCCCGACAGACAAAAAGACAGAGGGCUCCGUUUACAAAGAGCUCCCCUGCCCGGCUCCCCACAACAAACUGGACACGCACCCGUCCAAGCCCAAGCACCACAGCGUGCCGCGCACAGUUCACGGGCCCCAGAUGUCAACCUCGGUGCUGGCCCCUGCAGCGAAGGUGUUCCCUGUGGGAGGGCAGCAGCCCAAACCCUUCCCCCUUUCCCCACCCUUUGUGAAACUGCAGGCCCCCAAGGCCCCCUCCCCGCUGCCUCCCCGCCCCCUAUUGCCACAGCACGUCAAGGGGGCUGCCAAAGUGCCCAGCUGCCACUCUUCCCCGUCAUCAUCCUCAUCGUGUUCGACCAUUUCCACGGCGUCCAGCAUCUCCCAUAAGCCCCCCAGUUCCUCGCCUGUAUCUGUGAGCUACCUGGGGAAGCACUUGAGCGUUUCCGGCUCCUCCGCUCCAUCCUACAAGUCGCCCUUUGUGGCUCUUUCCCGGCACUUGUCUUCUUCCAGCAACUCUGCGUCUGUUGGGAGUGCGAACCAGAGCUCCUCCGCUGGCAACGUGCUGCCCGGCGCCUCUCUUCCGUCCCCCGGGCAAGCUCCCAGUCGCUCGUCGCCGAGCAGCACCACAGCCAAGAAGAUGCCAGUCUCGCAAAAGCUGACGCUGGUGGCUCCACCAGGGGGGCCUAAUGUCAACUCGAGCGGGGGGACGCAGGGGGUGGCCAAGCUGUUGACCUCCUCGCUCAAGCCAGCUGUGGUGACCAGCGCUUCUACCUCGGUGCCGAAAGGAGCCAGUGGGGCUGUGCUGCUGACUAGUUCAUCUUCCUUGAGCGCCCUGCCUCCCCCCUACAAGCCUGGCAGUGCCAAGAUGCCGGCCGCCCUGGGCUCCACCCCGCUGGGCAUCCUCUCGCCCAUCCAUUCCUACCCUCUGCACGUCAUCUCCUUCAGCUCCGACUCCUCCCCCAAGGCUGGCGUGUCGAAGGACGCCAUCGUCACAGGACCAGCCCCGGGGACUUUCCAUCAUGGCCUUGGGCACAAUGCUCCUCAGCUUCACGGGAAAGGGUCCAGCGUGCAGCCGCGCAAGUUGUGACGGCCGGAAAAGAGGGCACCGCUAGGCCCGAAGCAGACCUGCGCAAAGGACUGAAAGGCACAGGGCGCCCUCCGGCUGCUUGGCAAUCAAGCUGUAUGUUCUUGGCUGCUUCAGAUGUGCCGCUUUCCAUGGAGAUGUGCGCCGAGCUGUGGGGGGGGGGGGGGGGGGGGAGAGAAGCACUUACCAAGCACAGCUCUGGCCACCGCUACCACCAUGCAAUUAUGUCUCUGGGGAACCCAUUGGUGUGGGUAGAGGGCUAGAUCCAGAGCCAAGCUCUAAGGUCCGACUCACUCCCCCAAAGCAUUUUUGUCCUACUCUGAGCUUACUUGGUGGGCUUCACGCUCAGCAGAGAUCCUGUGGCUCUGUCACCUGUAUAGGCAUAUAUCCCUUCCCCCCCCCCCCCCCAAAAAAAAACUGUACCUAUAGUGCAGCUGUGUUCCUAUUGACCAGGAAACCCUUCCUCUAUGGCAGCUUUGUAAAGUCAAUCAGUUCAUCAGUCCUUCAAGACUUGAGAAUUCACCCCUGACAUUCAGACUGAAAUCUGCAAUCUCUUUGGUUGUUCCGUUUGGCGUCCCUGCCUUUUUCUUUGUGUGUGUGUUUUCCCCUCCUGUGUGUGCGCUCAGCUGUCCCCCAUCCGCCUCACCUGUCAUUGCCAUUGAAAGCAUCGGAUUGGACAAGGCCCCCUCCCCCCCCCCUCGCAUGUCAUUGUGAAUAAUAGCAAAGCUGUAAUUCCAGUGCCUUGGAUGGUAGAGCAAACGAAAGGAAACAUUUCUAGCUAAUCUUUUGGGCUGUGGCUCCCGGGAGCUGUUUCAUUUUGUCCUUUCUCAAACUGAUCUGUACUUAAGAUGCGUUCAGCUCUAUUUAAUGGGGCUUCUUUUUCCCCCGAGGGGGUGCGCGUCGCUGUCCAGAUGAAACCUGGGGAGGCAGCGCCCAGCCGAACGUUACGACGCUGCCAGUCGGCGUGAGCUUCCUACUUAAAGCCAUGGGCUCUGAUCUCUCCGGAGGUUGUCAGGGGCUCUCCCCAUUGUCGGUUUCUGUUGAUUUAAAGGGGGAGCGCCCUUCCUGCCGUGGAGGCGCCCCCCGUGUUGAUUUACCUGACUUGGAGCACAUGGAUUGGGCACUAGUUCUGGCGAACCUGUGCCAUCCAGUCAGCAGAAACUGGCAAGACCUGCUUGUGUGGCACGUGGCCAGCUGGGGUUGUCUGUGAUCCAGAAUCAUGCUCAGUGGUCACCAAAUCAAUAAUGUUUCAGAGGCACAGCCUCUAGGAGAAUGCCCCUGCUUUAAGCUAGGGUGGUCAGGGGGGUGAUCCAAGCAGAGCACCGGACUUCAUAAGGGGACAAGCAGAGGGAGAGGACGGAAAAUAUAUUGUGCGUGGGGAGUGCUUGAGAUUGUCCCUUUUGCCAUGCCCAGCCUGUGGAUGAGGCUUCCUGAGGGCUACAGUCUCUUCAGUUACCUGGAAAACACAGAUGGGCUUGUGGGCAAGACAAGGGCUGCCGGCCGCCAGUCGCCCGUGACUCUUAAGGUCUCCAGCUGCCCGUCAGGCAAAACAUGGAAUCUGAAAGCCUCAACUCUAACUCAAGGGCUGUUUCUUACUAUAAAACUCCAAUGAUAAGGAGGCCCGUUUCCCUCUGAAAUUCCAGUCCGCCAUGUCUUCUUUCAAGACAGGAGCACUUGAUAAAUCACUGUAACUCAAGUGGGGGGGGGGGGGGGGGGGUUGUGUGGGUUUUUUUUAAGUUGCUCUGGAUCGAGGCCUCUAAACUGAGUGUAGAACUGGGUUCUUUCUCCUCCGGCUGCGUGUCCUGGAUUCCAAAUAGACUGGAGCAAAACAACGAUGUCUCUUUCUUGCUGAAAGAAUGACUCUUUCAUACUAGUGAACCGCCCUCGGAUUUGUUUUUCGGGGGAAAGAAUGAAUUGUAGGAUGUAGCAGAAGACGAGCCAAAGAUCAAAUUUGGGGGUUCUGAUUUUUAAGCACAGAAGCCGAAUAAAUGGGGAAACAGUUCCCCCCCCCCUUUUGCUCUGCUUUGGUGGGUCCGGCUCGCUCCGUUUGGACGCCGGCUGCCUCUUAAGUGCUGUUCUCCCUUGGCUCCAGUGCUCUGCGCUGGGCAGGAUCAAACUGUACCCCUCGGACGUCCCUCUUGUGGCUGUUGCUCAGAAGUGGCUUCUGUGGCCGCACCAUUGCUCUGGCCAUUACGUGAAGUCUCUUGCCUCAGGGAAAUGAUGUAACGUGGUGGAAGUUCUGCUUGAUUUCUUCCUCUCCUGCUUUAGUUUCCUUUCUCCCCCCCGCCCCCUUUUUGGUGUGUGUUGGCUAAGUGAGAGAACGGAAUUGAAAGAGAGCCGCGGCAGACUGAAAACAGUGGCGCGAGAGUAGAGGAUCCCGUGGCAUCUGCCGCAGCUCCAGCCAUGUCGGGAGAUUUUCUUUUACGGUGGGGCCUGUGCCCCACCAGAUGGCACUUAACUUAGAAAAAGCAGCUUCUUUUUUUCUCACGUGGGAAGAGCUGCGAUUUAUUUUUUGGGAGGGGGGUGUUUGUGGUGCGGGAGGAGGGGAGAGAAGGGAGGGGCCUCUCUUGAGGAGGAAGAGAGGGGGGUUUAAAAUGGUUACUCUUGUAUACAGCAAUGGAAUAAAAUUGUUUUGCAGUUUCCCAAAA